CCAAUAAAACAGAAUAUCAUCCGAUUCCGAUAGCAUAUGAAAAACGUGAGAGAAUAAUAAUCACGAAGACAUCAAAGAAAUAAUCAAGAUGGAUCGAAUAGAAUCUAAACAAAUUUUACAUAGCGGUUAUUUUCACCCUGUUUUAAGGCACUGGCAGACACCCAACGUUGACAUUUCUCCGGAAAACUUGAUGUUUCCUAUUUUCGUUUUAGAUGAACCAAAUGCAGUUACUAAAAUCCAGAGUAUGCCUGGAAUCAACAGAUAUGGAAUAAAUAAACUUAAAGGAUUAUUAGAACCUCUGGUUGCAAAAGGAUUGAAAUCCAUUUUAUUAUUUGGGGUAGCAAAUAACUUGAAAAAGGACGAAAGAGGGAGUGAAGCUGAUAGUAUGAACAAUCCAGUAAUUCAAGCUUUACCUUUACUUAGGAAUUCCUUUCCUAAUUUAGUUAUUGCCUGUGAUGUCUGUUUGUGUCCUUACACUAAUCAUGGACAUUGUGGAAUACUAAAUAGUGAUGGCACUAUUGACAAUCAGGCUAGUAUCAAACGCAUUGCAGAUAUUGCUGUUGCAUAUGCAAAAGCUGGAGCUCAUAUUGUAGCACCAUCUGACAUGAUGGAUGGAAGGAUAAAAGCUAUUAAAUUUGGUUUAGCUGAAGCUGACUUAUCAAAUAAAGUGUCUGUCCUAUCAUAUGCUGUAAAAUUUGCAUCUGGCUUUUAUGGACCAUUCAGAGAUGCAUCUGGUUCAGCUCCAAAAUUUGGAGAUAGGCAAUGUUAUCAAUUACCUUCCGGUAGUAGUGGAUUAGCAGCUAGAGCAGCAGCAAGAGACGUGGAACAAGGCACUGAUAUGCUGAUGGUUAAGCCUGGACUAGCUUACUUAGAUAUCGUCAAACAAACAAAAAACGCGCACCCAGAAUAUCCAUUGUUCAUUUAUCAAGUAUCUGGAGAAUAUGCUAUGCUUUAUCAUGGAGCACAAAACGGUGCCAUUAAUUUGGAAACCGUGCUGAAAGAGGUACUUCUCUGCAUGAGAAGAGCUGGAGCUGAUUGAUUGGUUGCAGCUAUUGCUGCUUCCAAAGAAGAGAAAAAAGAAAAAGAAGACAUUGGUACUGUCAUUGGUAUAGAUUUAGGAACUACAUACUCAUGUGUGGGCGUGUACAAAAAUGGACGUGUAGAAAUCAUUGCCAAUGACCAAGGUAACCGAAUCACUCCAUCGUAUGUAGCCUUUACUGCUGAUGGUGAGCGUCUAAUUGGUGAUGCUGCCAAGAACCAGCUGACUACCAAUCCAGAAAAUACAGUCUUUGACGCCAAACGCCUCAUUGGUCGUGAAUGGACAGAUCAAACUGUGCAAAAUGACGUCAAGUAUUUCCCAUUUAAGGUUGUUGAAAAGAACAGCAAACCACACAUCAAAGUUCAAACUACCCAGGGUGACAAGAUCUUUGCUCCUGAAGAGAUUUCUGCUAUGGUUUUGGGCAAAAUGAAAGAGACUGCAGAAGCCUAUCUUGGCAAGAAAGUCACUCAUGCUGUUGUCACUGUCCCUGCUUAUUUCAAUGAUGCUCAGAGACAAGCCACAAAGGAUGCUGGUACCAUCUCUGGUCUGCAAGUUAUGAGAAUCAUCAAUGAGCCAACCGCUGCAGCUAUUGCUUAUGGCUUAGACAAGAAAGAAGGAGAGAAAAAUGUUUUGGUCUUUGACUUAGGAGGUGGUACUUUUGAUGUCAGUCUGCUUACUAUUGACAAUGGUGUCUUUGAAGUGGUAUCCACCAAUGGUGACACUCACUUGGGUGGUGAGGACUUUGACCAACGUGUCAUGGACCACUUUAUCAAAGUUUAUAAAAAGAAGAAGGGCAAGGACAUCCGUAAAGAUAAUAGGGCUACUCAAAAACUCCGUCGUGAAGUUGAGAAGGCUAAAAGAGCCCUCAGUGCCAGCCACCAGGUGAGAAUUGAAAUCGAGUCCUUCUUCGAAGGUGAAGAUUUCUCAGAGACGCUGACCCGUGCCAAGUUCGAGGAAUUGAACAUGGAUCUGUUUAGAAGUACUUUAAAGCCCGUGCAGAAGGUAUUGGAAGACGCUGACAUGAGCAAGAAGGACGUCGACGAGAUCGUACUUGUUGGUGGUUCCACUCGUAUUCCCAAAAUCCAGCAACUCGUAAAAGAUUUCUUCGGUGGUAAAGAGCCAUCCCGAGGUAUCAACCCCGACGAAGCCGUUGCUUACGGUGCUGCCGUUCAGGCUGGUGUACUCUCUGGCGAACAAGACACUGACGCCAUCGUUCUCCUUGACGUCAAUCCAUUGACCAUGGGUAUUGAAACUGUCGGAGGAGUCAUGACUAAACUCAUCCCUAGAAACACCGUUAUUCCAACCAAGAAAUCUCAAAUCUUCUCUACUGCCUCCGACAACCAGCACACCGUUACUAUCCAGGUCUACGAGGGUGAGCGUCCCAUGACUAAGGACAACCACUUGCUCGGAAAAUUCGAUCUUACUGGCAUUCCACCAGCGCCACGUGGUAUUCCUCAGAUUGAGGUCACUUUCGAGAUCGACGCUAAUGGUAUCCUUCAAGUGUCCGCCGAAGAUAAGGGUACUGGUAACCGAGAAAAAAUUGUCAUCACCAACGAUCAGAAUAGGCUUACGCCUGACGACAUUGAUAGGAUGAUUAAAGACGCCGAGAAGUUUGCCGACGAGGACAAGAAACUCAAAGAACGCGUUGAAGCUCGCAAUGAGCUCGAGGCGUACGCCUAUUCUCUGAAGAACCAGUUGCAGGACAAAGACAAGCUUGGUUCGAAGAUCAGCGACUCCGACAAGGCUAAAAUGGAGGAAGCCAUCGAUGAGAAGAUAAAGUGGUUUGAAGAGAAUCAAGACACCGAGCCCGAAGAAUAUAAGAAGCAGAAGAAGGAACUCGAGAGCAUCGUUCAGCCCAUCAUCGCUAAGUUGUACGCCAGCAGUGGUGGCGCUCCACCAACUGGAGGCGAAGAGUCCGACGAUGAUGUCAAAGACGAGUUAUAAUCCAAGGCUGAAUUCUAAGCCCCUUCACAAUUUAGACUGAUAUAAAAAAUAACAAGCAAAUCUGCUUCCUUUAGACAAAUACUUUAGAGACUAAUAUUCUCGUGCGAAGAUGCUACUACGGAGCCACUUCCUCGUGUUUGCAAAUUUCGACGCUUCCAUACUGGAGAUUUCUCCUUCCUUUGGAAUCGUCGAUGUAUGAUAAAACACGCGACGAACAUGCUUCGUUGGCGACGUAUCGUAACCGUUCAACGGCUGUGAUGAUGGUCAACGUGCGUAACUAUUAUUACUCUGAAUUGUAUUUGCCACGAGGAACAUCAGCGCAACUUAUCGUUGCCCUUCGCAUUACGUCUGAAUAAAUAGGAAUCAUUAACAAUUGUAAAAGUCAUUGUAAAAUGAGCACCGGAUCGAAUGAAGAUGUUUUGCAGCGAUGCCGUGAAAAAUUCUCUCAUCUCUGUUUCUUUAUAGUAAGAUCCAUCGUGUCGUUGAUAUUUAUUUUGUUUUAUACAUUAUAUCUUCAUUUACAUUAUCAUUUCCAAAAGCAGUUGGUACACUCGUUAUCUGAGUGGUGAAUGUUUGAGCGAGUGAUGAGUAACUAAUUCAAGUGAACGGAGCGUGAAUGGAUGUAUAAUUUUUCAAGUGUGGUAUUACUGCCUUGAAAAAAAUAGGUUAUUGUAUUGUACUAUGUAUCAUACGAUUUAUGCGUGCUAGAAUGAGUGCAUCAUGUAUUCAAUAUCUUACGAGAAUAAAAAUUUUUCCAGUACUUAGAAUUCUUUUUUUAAUUUCAAAUCAAUGAAUUAGUUGUAUUAUCUAAAAUUGUUUUUAUAUUCAAAUUUCAACUAAUUUAACGAGUGUAUGUACAUAUAAAGAAUAAAAAUUAUAUCUCUGGAGUUCAGUGUAAUCUGAUAUAAUUAUAAAUAUUUCAGUAGCAAAAUUUUUUACAAAUUCUAUUUAUUUAGAACUUUAUGAAAUCUCAGAACAUGCAUUUUAUAUAAUGUUUAAUUGUAAGUAAAUAUCUUCUGUUUACUUGAAAA